ACUUGGAUUUCACAGCCGCCCCUCAUCCUCAAACAAGACAGCUGAACUUUUCUUGAUAGUUCCUUUCCUGUGCACUGAUUCUUCCAUGUCUCAAACUCCAUCCAAUCCCGAAAUCAAAAGGGCUUUAGAAGUCAGCCCAGAGACUAAUAUCGAAAAUGAAUCCCCGCAAGCUCCCAGGCCCAGCAAUUACCUGAUUCUUACAAUAUUUGCAUGUUUUUGCCCUGCUUACCCAGUAAACAUCGUUGCAUUCGUCUUCUCAAUAAUGGCCUUAAACAGCUAUAAUGAUGGGGACAUAGAAGGAUCUAGGAGACUAGGAAGAAAUGCCUUGUACGUUGCAAUUGCAUCAAUCAUCAUUGGUCUUCUGGUUAUCGCAACAUAUUGUGUUGUCCACUUCACAACGCAUACAAUUUGAACAUCAGAAAAAAGCACGAAGAUAAUAUUUUAAUUAAACAUACAUCAGAUUCCUCAGCUCUUCAAACAGACAGGCAAACCAUUUCCCUAUUUUAUUUGAAAACAAGAGAGCCGUCGAUUACUAAAUCAACCAAUGGAUUCUCUACACCUGUGUGUGCGCCUACAACUGUAGAAUUUGAUAUGUAUCAUGUUCUGAAUAACAUACAGAAAAUUAUAAUAUGU